CGGAAGUGGUCGGUUCAUUUGAGCUUGUUUUCAAGAUGGCGGCAGGUUGAUUCUCGGUGAACAAGUGCACACUUUUCGCGUCUUUUGCCGGUUGCGCUCACAAUUAAUGUUCGGCGGGAAUGAGGAGCGCGGUUCCGUCAAGUGGACCGGAUGUCUCGUGUGAAGCAGACGGCGGUGCUAUGGCUGCUGAUUGCGAGCAGCUGUUUGUUCCUCCUCUUUCAGCUUUAUUACUACCGGAUGUACGUCAGCAAGUCUGGCCCCCGCCUCCUGAGUAGCACAGCUCACCUGACGGACCACAACCUCCAGUGGCAAACAGUGAAGACGUUCCUGGCGUUGUCACGCCAUUUCCACGUACCGCUGUUCCUCGCCGACGUGGCCGUGCUGAGGCGCCUGACCCAUGAUGCAUUGCAGCGAGGCGAGCGUGAGGCGCGCUGCAACUUCCUGUGUACCGGCCGGCCCGUCACGUCCUUCGCCGUCCUCGCCAACGCCUGGAAGUACGACGCUGCUUUUUCAUCGGCCGCCGAGCAGAAGGGUUUCGAGGUCCUGGAGCUGCGAGGAGAAGACCCCCGGCUGGCCAGCUUGGACAUCCUGUCAGCGCAGGAGAUCCCUUUGCACCUCCUGCUCCGCCUCAAGGGUUACUUUAUUCAGGUGGUCUUCCUGUACGAGCGUAGCGGUGACUACCUGUGGCACGGUCCGCUGCGCCUCAAAGCGAACACGGAUCGCGGCUUUGCGCCGUUCACGCGCCUGGACUUUGGACGCUACGCCGGCGCCUACAACAGGCCACGACUGGUACUGACCGUCUUGGACGGGCUCGACGUUCGAAUCCCGCAGAACGUUUCCGACUUCCUGUCCGAGCAGCAGCAAGCUCGCUUCCUGGAGUGCCGUCACCGUGACGCCCGGCGCUUCCUGCAGAGCUACCCGGACGACACGACUCCCGACGCCUUGGAUUUUCGUAACAAAGCCAAGUCUUUGCUGGGGUUGGCCGCACAAACCCUCACACGUCUCCACGUCCCGUUCUGGAUCAGCAGUGGAACCUGCCUCGGCUGGUUCAGGCAGUGCAGCAUCAUCUCAUACAGCCGGGACGUCGACAUCGGCAUUUUUAUCAGCGACUUCCGCUCCGACAUCAUCACUGCCUUCCAAGCGGUCGGCCUGUCACUCAAGCACAAGUUCGGAAAGGUGGAGGACAGCUUAGAACUUUCUUUUGUAAAAGACGACGUCAAGCUGGACAUCUUCUUCUUCUACCAGGAGCGAGACAUCAUCUGGAACGGCGGCACGCAGGUCAAGAGCGGCAGGAAAUUCAAGUACACCUUCCCUCACUUCUCGUUGUGCUGGGCGGAGCUGGCGGAGGUCAAAGUUCGUGUCCCGUGUCAGACCCUGGACUACGUGGCAGCCAAUUACGGGCCGUCGUGGAGCGUCCCGCUAAGGACGUGGGACUGGAAGUCUUCUCCGAGCAACGUGCAGGAAAAUGGGGUGUGGCCUCUUUCUCAGUGGGAGACGCUGAUUCAAGUUUACUGACUUUCAUCAAAACAUCCCUGCAUUCUUUCGUCUUAAACUUGUAUAAAAAUACUUUAAAAAAAAAAAGAAAAACUUGUGUGCCGUCAAUAAAAUACAUUAAAAGACGUGCAUGCCACAAAAAAAAUAACAAAGUACAAGAAAACCUUGCAUACUAUCAGUAAAAUACAUUAAAAACCUUGUAUGGCACUGAUAAAAUACAAUUUAAAAAAGAUAAACUGCAUUUAAAUGAAAUAAAUUAAAACACUUGUAUGAUACCGAUACAAUUCAUGAAAAAUAAAACACAUUAAAAUGAUUAACAACCUUGUACCUCUCCAAUAAAAUACGUUAAAAAAAAAUCAAUAUACAUGUUUUUAAAAUUAAACACAUGAAAAAGACUUGUAUAAUACCAGUAAAAUACAUUCAAAUUAUUUGUACACCUCCAAUAAAGUACAUUUAUAAAUGAUGAAAGACAUGAAAAAUUUGUAUGCCACCAAUAAAAUACAAUAAAACAAUUAUUAAAUGCAUUUAAAUUAAAUACAUAAAAACACUUGUAUGAUACCAAUACAAUUCAUGAAAAAUAUCCAUCCAUCCAUUUUCUGCCGCGCUGGUGCUUAUCUCAGCUACAACCGGGCGGAAGGCGGGGUACACCCUGGACAAGUCGGCACCUCAUCGCAGUUCAUGAAAAAUAAAACACAUUAAAAUGAUUAAAAACCUUGUACAUCUCCAAUAAAAUACUUUCAAAAAAAUAGAGACAUAAAAAUAUAAAUAAAUGAAAAAAGAACUUGUAUAGUACCAGUAAAAAACAUCCAUCCAUCCAUUUUCUACCGCUUAUUCCCUUUCGGGGUGGCGGGGGGCGCUGGUGCCUAUCUCAGCUACAAUCGGGCGGAAGGCGGGGUACACCCUGGACAAGUCGGCACCUCAUCGCAGUUCGUGAAAAAUAAAACACAUUAAAAUGAUUAAAAACCUUGUACAUCUCCAAUAAAAUACAUUCAAAAAAAUAAAGACAUAAAAAUAUAAAUAAAUGGAAAAAAAACUUGUAUAGUACCAGUAAAAAACAUAAAGAUUAAAAUACAUUCAAAAUAUUUUACAGUACAUUAAAAUUUUUUGUACACCACCAAUAAAGUACAUUUAUAAAUGACGAAAGACAUGACAAACUUGUAUGCCACCAAUAAAAUACAAUAAAACAAUGAUAAAAUGCAUUUACAUUAAAUACAUAAAAACACUUCUAUGAUACCAAUACAAUUCAUGAAAAAUAUCCAUCCAUCCAUUUUCUGCCGCUUAUUCUCUUUGGGGUCACUGGUGCCUAUCUCAGCUACAAUUAGGCGGAAGACGGGGUACACCAUGGACAAGUCGGCACCUCAUCGCAGUUCAUGAAAAAUAAAACACGUUAAAAUGAUUAAAAACCUUGUACAUCUCCAAUAAAAUACAUUCAAAAAAAUAAAGACAUAAAAAUAUAAAUAAAUGAAAAAAGAACUUGUAUAGUACCAGUAAAAAACAUAAGGAUUAAAAUACAUUCAAAAUAAUAUACAUUAGAAUUAUUUGUACACCACCAAUAAAGUACAUUUAAAAAACGAUGAAAGACUUGACGAAUUUCUAUGCCAACAAUAACACAGUUUUUAAAAAAUGCAUUUAAAUUGAAUACAUAAAAACACUUGUAUGAUACCAAUAAAAUUCAUAAAAAAUUUAACAUUAAAAAUUAUUAAAAACCUUGUUUAUCUCUAAUAAAAAAUUUUAAAAAACGCUAAAAUUAAAUACAUGAAAAAAAACUUGUAUACUAGUACCAUUAAUGUAAUUGUAAAUACAUUUAAAAUAAUUGUACAUCACCAAUAAAGUGCAUUUUAAAAAUUAUAAAAUACGUGACAAACUUGUAUGCCACCAAUAAAAUACAAAAAAAGCAAAGUACAUGAAAACUUUAUAUACCAUCAAUGAAAUAAAUUAAAAACCACUAAUAAAAUACAAUUAAAAAAAUUAUACAAUUCAUCCAUCCAUCCAUUUUUUACCGCUUAUUCCCUUUAGGGUCGCGGGGGGCGCUGGUGCCUAUGUCAGCUACAAUCAGGCGGAAGGCGGGGUACACCCUGGACAAGUCGGCACCUCAUCGCAGUUCAUGAAAAAUAAAACACAUUAAAAUGAUUAAAAACCUUGUACAUCUCCAAUAAAAUACAUUCAAAAAAAUAAAGACAGAAAAAUAUAAAUAAAUGGAAAAAAAACUUGUAUAGUACAUUAAAAAACAUAAAAUUGAAAUAAAUUCCAAAUAAUAUACAUAAAAAUUAUUUGUACACCACCAAUAAAGUACAUUUAAAAAAUGAUGAAAGACUUGACGAAUUUGUAUGCCAACAAUAACCCAAUUUUUAAAAAUGCAUUUAAAUUGAACACAUAAAAACACUUGUAUGAUACCAAUAAAAUUAAUGCAAAAUUUAACAUUAAAAAUUAUUAAAAACCUUGUUUGUCUCUAAUAAAACAUAAAAAAACUUUUAUACUACCAGUACAAUACAUGUAAAUGUAAAUACACUUAAAAUAAUCUAAUUUACAAUAAUUGUACAUCACCAAUAAAGUGCAUUUAAAAAAUUAUAAAAUACGUGACAAACUUGUAUGCCACCAAUAAAAUACAAAAAAAGCAAAGUACGUAAAUACUUUAUAUACCAUCAAUAAAAUACAUUAAAAACCUUGCACACCACUAAUAAAAUACAAUAAAAAAAUUUAUAAAAUUCAUCCAUCCAUCCAUUUCCUACCGCUUAUUCCUUUCGGUGUCGCGGGGUGGUCAUUCAUUUACAUUAAAUACAUAAAAACACUCUUAUGAUACCAAUACAAUUUAUGAAAAAUUAAAUACAUUAAAAAGGUUGAAAACCUCGUACAUAUCCAAUAAAAUACAUUUAAAUUAAUUACAUACAUUUUUUUAAAAUGAUUAAAUACGUAACAAACUUGUAUGCCACCAAUAACAGUUUUUUAAAAUGCAUUUAAAUUGAAUACAUAAAAACACUUGUAUGAUACCAAUAAAAUUCAUGAAAAAUGUAACAUUAAAAAUGAUUAAAAACCUUGUUUAUCUCUAAUAAAACAUUACAAAAAACGCUAAAAUUAAAUACAUGAACAAAAAACUUGUAUACAACCAGUACAAUACAUGUAAAUGUAAAUACAUUUAAAAUAAUAUAAUUUAAAAUAAUUGUACAUCACCAAUAAAGUGCAUUUAAAAAAUGAUAAAAUACGUGACAAACUUGUAUGCCACCAAUAAAAUACAAAAAAAGCAAAGUACGUAAAUACUUUAUAUACCAUCAAUAAAAUACAUUAAAAACCUUGCACGCCACUAAUAAAAUACAAUAAAAAAAUUAUAAAAUUCAUCCAUUUUCUACCGCUUAUUCCUUUACAUUAAAUACAUAAAAACACUUGUAUGAUACCAAUACAAUUUAUGAAAAAUGAAAUACAUUAAAAACAAUUAAAAACCUUGUACAUCUCCAAUAAAAUACAUUUAAAAAAUUAUAAAAAACAUUUAAAUUAAAUACAUACAAAAAUUUUAAGAUGAUUAAUUACGUAACAAAACAUGUAUGCCACCAAUAGAAUACAAAAAACAAAGUACAUGAAAACCUUGUAUAGAAUCAGUAAAAUACAUUAAAAACGUUCUAUGCCACUUAUAAAAUACAAUAAAACAAUUAUAAAAUGCAUUUAAAUUAAAUACAUAAAAACACUGAUAUGAUCCCAAUAUAAUUCAUGAAAAAUGAAACACAUUAAAAAUGAUUAAAAACAAUAAAAUACAUUCAAAAAAACAAUAAAAUUGAUUAAAGUUAAAUACAUAAAAAUAUAAAUACAUUAAUUAAAACUUUUAUAGUACCAGUAAAAUACAUAAAAAUGUAAAUACAUUCAAAAUAAUAUUCUUAAAAUCAAUUUGUACACCACCAAUGAAGUACAUUUUAAAAAUGAUGAAAUACAUGACAAUAUACUGAAUUUUUAUACACAAUUUUUUUACACUGAAUUUUUAUACACAUUUUUUUUACACUUAAUUUUCAUACACAGAUUGUUUUUACAAUGAAUUUUUAUCCACUGAAUUGUGUUAAACUGAAUAUUUAUACACUGAUUUUUUUACACUGACUUUUUUUUACGCUGAAUUAUUUUAUACGGAAAUAUUUUUACACUGAACUUUUUUCACUGUACUCGUCAACAUAAUUUAAUGUGGCAAAAAAAAUUCUGUUCACAAAGUUCAAAGUUCAAAAUUACGUUACAUAAACUCUAACGGACAUAAAAUUUUUGAACUGCUGCCCUCGGGACAAUAAAAUGCCAAACAAACAGAUUUAAGAACACUUUUUCCCCGAGAGCAAUAGUGUCGCUGAACACAAGACGGACAAAAGACAGACUGUGCUUGUGAGCUGUGUGCUUGGUAUUUUAUGAUUUUUUUGCAUUAUUUUUAUCUAUUUAUCUGAGUACCAUGUUCUCAUGUUUUUUUAUGUCAUUAUAAAUUUGCACUAAAUGGUGUUUUGGGCACGUCCGACCGGUAGGAGGCCACAGGGAAGACCCAGGACACCUUGGGAAGACUAUGUCUCCCAGCUGGCCUGGGAACGCCUCGGGAUCCCCCGGGAAGAGCUGGACAAAGUUGCUGGGGAGAGGGAAGUCUGGGGUUGCCUGCUUAGGCUGCUGCCCCCGGGACUGGACUUCGGCUAAGUGGAAGAAGAUGGAUGGAUCGACAAAAAUAAUAAUAGGGCAGCACGGUGGAGGAGGGGUUAGUGCGUCUACCUCACAAUACGAAGGUCCUAAGUAGUCCUGGGUUCAAUCCCAGGCUCGGGAUCUUUCUGUGUGGAGUUUGCAUGUUCUCCCCAUGACUGCGUGGCUUCCCUCCGGGUACUCCGGCUUCCUCCCACUUCCAAAGACAUGCACCUGGGGAUAGGCCCCUCCCACCUCCAAAGACAUGCACCUGGGGAUAGGCCCCUCCCACUUCCAAAGACAUGCACCUGGGGAUAGGCCCCUCCCACCUCCAAAGACAUGCACCUGGGGAUAGGCCCCUCCCACUUCCAAAGACAUGCACCUGGGGAUAGGUUGAUUGGCAACACUAAAUUGGCCCUAGUGUGUGACUGUUGUCCUUCUAUCUGUGUUGGCCCUGCAAUGAGGGGGCGACUUGUCAGAGGUGUACCCCGACUUCCGCCCGAUUGUAGCUGAGAUAGGCACCAGCGCCCCCUGCAACCCCAAAGGGAAUAAGCGGUAGUAAAUGGAUGGACGGAAAUAUUUAUUUGUAAAAAACACUUUACAUUGAGUAAACAACUUCAAAGUGCUACAGUGUAUUAAAAAAAAAUUGAAAUAAAAAGAUAAUGAAAAACAAAACAGCUCUAUAGCUACAACUAGUAUGUGUAUAUCUAAAAAUAAAAAGAAGUUAAAAAAAAGAAAAGAAGGGUUUUUAAGCCUUUUUUAAAAGCCUCCACAGUCUGUGGUGCCCUCGGGUGGUCAGGGUGAGUGUUCCACAGACUGGAUGGAUAGUUUGGUUGCAAUUUCGUUGUACAAUACACAAUUAUAUUCUAUUGUACAUUAAUUCAUUGUCCCCAUAAAAAUUGGUAAUAAAGACACAAAUCAGCCUUCAUAAUAUUGUAGCUGAGAUAGGCGCCAGCGCCCCCCGCGGCCCCAAAGGGAAUAAGCGGUAUUAAAUGGAUGGACGGAAAUAUUCAUUUGUAAAAAACACUUUACAUUGAGUAAACAACCUCAAAGGGCUACAGUGUAUUAAAAAAAAUAGAAAUAAAAAGAUAAUGAAAAAUAAAACACCUUGAUAGCUACAACUAGUAUGCAUAUAUCUAAAAAAAAAAAAGAAGGGUUUUUAAGCCUUUUUUAAAAGCUUCCACAGUCUGUGGUGCCCUCAGGUGGUCAGGGUGAGUGUUCCACAGACUCAAUGGAUAGUUUGGUUGCAAUUUCGUUGAACAAUACACUAUUGUGAAGUGAAUUAUAUUUAUAUAGCGCUUUUUCUCAAGUGACUCAAAGCGCUUUACAUAGUGAAACCCAAUAUCUAAGUUACAUUCAAACCAGUGUGGGUGGCACUGGGAGCAGGUGGGUAAAGUGUCUUGCCCAAGGACACGACGGCAGUGACUAGGUUGGCAGAAGCGGGAAUCGAACCUGCAGCCCUCAAGUUGCUGGCACGGCCACUCUACCAACCGAGCUAUUCUAUUCUACAUUAAUUCAUUGUCUCCCCCCAAAAAAUUGGUAAUAAAGACACAAAUUAGCCUUCAUAAUAUUUAGCUAAUCAAGUUGUUCUUGUUUUGUCCCAAUUCGGACAUUUUUUUACGUUUCAUGACAAUUUUUAGGAGUUAUGUUGCUAACUAACAAUUUACAUAAGUAUUAAACAGAAGCCAUAGUGAA